GUCGCCAACUUUUGCCUUUCUUCUCCUCAUCAUCGCCUCCCCCAUUCGUCCCCCACUAGCUUUUUCCGAUCUCCAUCAUCAAAUGGGCCACCUUUUCCUGCUCCUGCUAGCUCUCCUCCUCGCUGGUUCCACGCACGCUUACACCAGCCAUGGCCAUGACAAAGCUGCCUUCACUGAGGAGAAGAGCAUUGCCGGCAGCAGAGGCGUGAUCGGAUCAAGGCCACCGAGCUGCGAGGGGAGGUGCCGGUCGUGCGGGCACUGCGAAGCGGUGCAGGUCCCCAUAUCUCCACAAGAGCUGCAGAUGAAGAAGCUUGGCCAUGGCAGCAGAGCUGCUGCUAGCACUGGUGGAAGAGCAAUGCCUGCUUCCUACGACGACCACUCCAACUACAAGCCACUGAGCUGGAGAUGCAAGUGUGGGCGGCUGAUCCUGGACCCUUGAAACGCACCAUUAGAAGCAAUUUGCUUGUGGAUAAAAUAGCAUUAGGAUCUUUUGGAGUUUGUUGGUGAUUUUCUUUCCUUUCUCACUUCCUCAUAUGAGGUGGUGUUAUCCUUUUGUUUUGCUUGAACGUGGGAAGAACUAAUGUUCCAAUUCAUCCU